AUGCUGAGAGUUCCCUCUCGCCAAAAGCCCACAGGGGCGCAGGCUGUCACCAAGGCCGUCAUUCUGGUUGGAGGUCCUUCGCGAGGAACACGUUUCCGACCACUGAGUCUCGACGUCCCAAAGCCUCUCUUCGAUGUUGCGGGCCAUCCCAUUAUCUGGCACUGUCUGAAGGCCGUCUCCAAAGUCCCCGACAUCAAGGAGGUCAUUCUCAUUGGCUACUACGAAGAAAAUGUCUUCCGUGACUUCAUCAAGGACUCGUCCCGAGAAUUCCCCCAGUUCAAGAUCCAGUACCUGCGCGAGUAUCAGGCGCUUGGCACUGCCGGCGGUCUGUACCACUUUCGUGAUGCCAUCCUGAAGGGCAAGCCCGACAGGUUCUUCGUGUUGAACUCGGAUGUCUGCUGCUCUUUCCCCCUCGAGGCCAUGUUGAAGCUCUUCGAGGAAAAGGAUGCUGAGGCCGUCAUUCUGGGCACUCGUAUCAGCAACGACGCCGCUACCAACUUUGGUUGCAUUGUCUCCGACGCCCACACGAAACGAGUCCUUCACUACGUCGAAAAGCCAGAGAGCCACAUCUCCAAUUUGAUCAACUGCGGUGUGUACCUCUUCGCAACCGACGCCAUCUUCCCCUCCAUCAAGAGCGCCAUCAAGCGUAAGACUGAGCGCCCCCGGAUGAUUUCCUACCCUUCGUCAGAAAACCUCGACUCGUCCUUCAUGGCCGACCCCGAGGAAGACGGAGAGAGGAAUGAGGUUAUGCGGCUCGAGCAGGACAUUCUACCUGAUCUGGCCGACAGCAACCGCUUUUUCGUCCAUGAAACCAAAGAUUUCUGGCGUCAGAUCAAGACGGCUGGUUCUGCAGUCCCCGCCAACGCUUUGUACCUGCAGAAAGCUUUCCAGUCGCAAUCAGAAGAGAUUGCUACACCAUCCGCCAACAUCGUUCCCCCAGUCUUCAUUCACCCUACUGCCCAAGUCGACCCUACCGCGAAGUUGGGGCCGAAUGUAUCCAUUGGUCCCAAAGCCAUCAUCGGCGCCGGCGCGCGUGUCAAGGAGGCCAUCGUCCUCGACGAGGCAGAGAUCAAGCACGAUGCCUGCGUUCUCUAUGCGAUCAUCGGCUGGAACAGUCGUGUCGGAGCCUGGGCUAGAGUGGAAGGCACGGCCACACCUGUCACCAACCACAGCACCACCAUCAUCAAGAACGGGGUCAAAGUCCAGAGUAUCACUAUUCUUGGCAAGGAGUGUGGUGUGGGAGAUGAAGUCCGGGUUCAAAACUGCAUCUGCCUGCCGUACAAGGAGUUGAAGCGUGACGUUGCCAACGAGGUCAUCAUGUAA